AUGUCACAUUUAAUCUAAAAAUAUUUGUUAACCUAAUUAGAAAGACAUUGUAUUGUAUCUGAAAGUCACUUAAUAGAAUAUGCUGAUUCUUUAAGCAACAUAGUUGAAGAUCCUCCGGAUUCUCAGUUUUAAAUUUCUUACCAGAAUUAUUACAAAGGUAUUGAUUCUGCUCCAUUACAAUCAACAACAAUAAAGCCUAAGGAUUUGCAAAGAUUGGAAUCAGAAAAUUGGAGCAAUUCAGAACUAUAAAUGAGUUCAAAUCUAGUUAUUUAACGUCAAGGACGCAACCCUUGCUGUCAAAGUUCUUAGAUCUGUUAAUUAAUUUGA